UUUUCCUAUCUGUUAAAAAAUAAAUAUUCUUCUUUACUAUGUUAAGGAAAUAAGUUAGAAAAAUUGUUGACAUUGCAACAAAAUAGAAUUUCGAUAUUUUCUAAUCUAUCAAUAUUGAUUAAAGGAUUUUUUAAUCUUGAAUUUCGAAAAACACAAUGGGUACUCCUCGAAUUGUUGAAUUUGCAAAAAUAUUUUUCGAAAAUACAAAAAGUUCAGCUACUUUUGGAAGAUGUUUAAAAAAUGUGAAAUUAAUAUCUGCCGAAGGUGGAAAUUGUAAAGCAGAAUUUACAGUCGAUGAGGAACAUACAAAUUUAGGAGGAUCACUUCAUGGUGGAUUUACUUCAACAUUAAUUGAUUGUAUAACAACUUAUGCUUUAGUAUCACAAGGAAGUGGAAAUCCCGGUGUUUCAGUAAAUUUAAACGUCUCGUUUAUGAAAGCAGCUUUUCCUGGAGAUAAUUUAAUAAUAGACGCCAGAACUAUAAGGUCAGGAAAAACUCUUGCGUAUCUUGAGGCUGAGCUCAAAAUGAAAGAAGGAGGUGCCAUCGUCGCUCGAGGUCAACAUACCAAAUUCAUAGCUAUCUCUGAUAUCAAGAAUCAAAUGACAGAAUUCGAGAGUCAAAUGGUAGAUGGAAAAGAGAUUGAAUCUGAACAAAGUAAAUUAAACUCCGAUCUUAACGUUGUCAUGGCAUCUGUGAAAAAUGAAAUUUAUGAAAAUUCUAGACGCUUAAAUUUAUUAGAACCAUUUGUGGAUUCACAAUCUAAGUCCUUAAAAAAUAUCAAAAAAGAAAUGAAAGAGUUAAAAUCGAAGAUGAAUUCUUUUGAAAUUGAUUUUAAUAAGGAAAAACAAACAUCACUUUGUACUUCCUUGGAAAUAUGUGGGAUUCCUGAAAAAUUAAACGAAGAUGUUUAUAAAAUUUUUAUUGAUAUAUGUCAUAAUCUAGGAGUAGAAAUUAAUAAAAAUGAUAUUUUGACUAUUAGUCGCUUUAAUAAAGCAUAUAGCAGAACUUCGACAGCUUUUAAAUCUAUUCUAUUUGUGAAAUUAUCUCGUGCGGAUUUAAAAAACGAAUUAAUUGAACAAAGAAAGAAAUACAAAUAUUUUUCUACUAUCGACAUUGGAUGGGGUUCGGAAGAAAAGUUUCCUAUUUAUAUACACAGUGCAUUUUCACCAUUAAACCGCAAGAUCUUUACAACUGCCUGUAGUCUAAUGCGAGAGAACAAAAUAAAAAGUGUAUGGCGGUCAAAAGGGAUAGUCCAUUGUCGUCAGGAAAAUGAUAGUCCCAUAAUUCAACUCAGGAGUCUAGACGAUGUUAAUAAAAUUAAAUAGUUUAAAUGUCUACGCUUAUCUAGUAAGUUGAUUAUUGUUAUAAAAAAUGUUUUUCUUAUAUGAACUUUUUCAAUUCUUCAAAUUUAAUGAGCGAUAUUUUAUAUUAUUAUGUAAUCAUCAAUAUUUUGUAUUCUCUUUUUUAAGUAAUAUAUGAGAUUUCAUUCUUC